AUAGGAUUCCCUCGUCACUGUUUGAAUGUGAUAGUGCCGUGUUAUCUCGGGAGUCAAAGGUCUCAGUGGAAGUCAGAGUCUGGCUUACUCCACAUUAUAGUUUGACAGAUCCAGGUGUUUGGUACAGAAGACAGACUUAUCCUGUGGAUAAGUGGAAGUAGAAGGUACAACUUGUCUUGUAAAGAUCUUACGGAUGGAUUUCUAUGACUAUGUACGGCCUAUUACUGGAGAUACUAUACUCUUUGGCUUGGCAAUAUUUUUCUUCUGUUUGUGGACUUUCUUGUGGUCAUUUCAUAUAGGAGCAUUGUUUUAUGGGAAGUACAAACUGUAUAGAAAGAUCCCCGCAGUAUUACCUGACAGCCUGCCUGGGGUGUCCAUACUCAAACCCCUAACAGGAGUCGAUGCUCACUUGUAUGAUAACCUAGAAACAUAUUUUGUACUUAACUAUCCAACAUAUGAAUUAUUAUUCUGUAUCCAAGAUGAAUCAGAUCCAGCACAGAUGGUUGUCAGGAGUCUCAUAGAAAAAUAUCCCAAAGUAGAUGCUAGAAUUUUACAAGGAGGAAAAAAAGUAGGAAUAAACCCCAAAAUUAACAACAUGAUGUCAGGGUAUGAAGUCUGCAAAUAUGACCUCUUCAUGAUAUCAGAUUGCAACAUAAAAAUGAAACCAGACACACUUUUAGACAUGGUUCUUCAUUUAAAAGAUGAUGUAGGAGAAAUACAUCAAAUUCCAUUUACCUGUGAUCGAGAAGACAGGCUGGGUUUUAGUUCCAUCUUAGAAAAGGUGUACUUUGGCACUGUACAUGCUAAGCAGUAUCUGUUUCUCAAUGCACUGGGCGUAAACUGCACAACUGGCAUGUCCUCAAUGAUGCGUAAGAACGUGCUGGAGGAGGCAGGUGGUUUGAAGGCAUUCGCAAAAUACCUAGCAGAAGAUUAUUUUAUUGCUCAAGCUUUUUUAGAUAGGGGUUGGAAGGUCCAAAUCAGUUCUUUUCCAGCACUUCAAAAUGCAGGGACUGGGUCAGUAUCAGGAUUUCAAAACAGGCUUGUCAGGUGGGGCAAAUUAAGAUUUGCCAUGUGUCCAGCUAACCGAAUCAUGGAGCCAUUUUCAGAUUGUUUGGUGAAUGGAAUCAACGGCGCCUGGUCUGCUGCUGUGCUCUUCAACAUUAGUGGUCUGGCAUUUUUCUUUGUCCAUCUUCUCACUUGGUUUUUGCUGGACUAUUUGAUCUUCCUUAUAAUGCAGAAUGGACCAAUGACUUUUUCCAAAUUUGAAUUUGUGGUUGCGUGGAUGUUCCGAGAAAUAACUUCCAUAUUUAUCCUCCUUAAAGCUGAAGUUAGCACAGUAGUGCAAUGGAGAGCUAAAAAAUUCCGUUUGAGGUAUGGCGGAGUCGUAGAAGAGAUGAGAGAGGGGCCCAAACAGUUUGUAUUAUAGCACCAGUAAAAGGACCAACUCUGAGGGUGAUCUUGAUCAAACUGCUCAGAAUUCUCUUAAAGAGAGUGGUUUGCAACAAAAACAAGACCAGUGCACCAUGAAAAAGUACAAGGGAGCUUUUAUUACUAAGUAUUACAGAGAAGUUGGUGUGUGGAACAGUAUCUCAGGAUGAACAUUAUCAGUAUAUUAAAUACAGCUGAAUUCAAACCCAAACCAUAGCAUCAAAUAAGUACUAGUCUUUUUUAGGAAGGAAGUAAGGAAGGAAGUAUUAUCUCUCAUUAUUCUGCAAGAAUAGUUGUUUUUUAUUACCAUAUAGAAAAGAAAGUUCAAAACAAGGCAGUGGAUAAUUGGCAUUGACAAAUUAUUGAAAGCUUUAUAUCGUUUUGUUUUUUUUUCCAAGUUGUGGUGUCAGAACCACAUACUUGAAUCUUAGAUUGUUGGUUUUUGUAUUAAUGAUUGAGGAAAGGUAUGAAUGUGUUUUUAUGGAAAUGUUGUCAGUAAUGUUGUUUUAUUCUGUUUAAGUAUAAUUGUAGUAAGCAAUAUGUUGUCAAAGAAUAGGUCUAAACCUAUGCAAUAACAUUAUAGAUGAAAU